AUGCGCGUCCCCACUCUCGUCGCCGCUGUCGUCGUCGUCCUGGCUACCUUCGCCACAGCCCACGACGGCAAACCAGUCGAUGACAAGACGCCAUCGUGCGGUGCCCCGUUCUGCGCCCGCCGCUUCCUGUCUGACCGCACAAAAUCCAACAUCAUGGCGCUCAAGGAGGCGGCGCGCGAGGCGCAGACGGAGGUGGUCGAAGGCGCCAAGGCUGAGUAG